AUGGCUGCAACUACAACAACAACAGCUGACACCACCACAACAGCGGCCCCCACCACCACAACCCCUGCCACAACAACAACAACGGCAGCCAGCACCACCACAGCCCCAGCCACUACAACAACAACAGCUGCCACCACCACCACAGCAGCCACAACCACCACAUCCCCGGCCACAACAACAACCAUAGCUGCCACCACCACCACAUCCCCGGCCACAACAACUACUGCUGCCACCACCACCACAUCCCCGGCCACUACAACAACUAAUGCUCCCACCACCACCACAGCCCCGGCCACUACAACAACUAAUGCUCCCACCACCACCACAGCCCCGGCCACAACAACAACAACACCUGCCAGCACCACCACAGCCCAGGCUACAACAACAACAACAGCUGCCACCACCACCACAACACCUGCCACAACAACAACAAUUGCUCCCACGACCACCGCAGCACCAACUACAACAACAACAACAGCUGCCACAACUACCACUGCUCCUGUGACAACAACAACGGUUGUCACCACCACCACAGCCCCAGCUACUACAACAACAACAGCUGCCACCACAGCCACAGCUCCCACCACCACCACAGCCCCAGCCACAACAACAACAACAACGGCUCCCACCACCACCACAUCCCUGGCCACAACAACAACUACUGCUCCCACUGCGACCACCACAUUACCGGCCACUACAACAACAACAGCUGCCACCACCACCACAGUAGCCACAACAACCACAUCCCCGGCCACAACAACAACCACAGCUGCCCCCACCAACACAUCCCCGGCCACAACAACAACUACUGCUGCCACAACCACCACAUCCCCGGUCACUACAACAACUACUGCUCCCACCACCACCACAGCAACAGCCACAACAACAACAACAACGGCUCCCACCACCACCACAUCCCCUGCCACUACAACAACCACAGCUGCCACCACCACCACAGCCCCAGCCACAACAACAACCACAGCCCCGGCCACAACAACAACAACAGCUGCGACCACCACCACAUCCCCGGCCACAACAACAACAAUGGCUGCCACCACCACCACAGUGCCAGCAACUACAACAACAACAGCUGACACCACCACAACAGCGGCCCCCACCACCACAACCCCUGCCACAACAACAACAACGGCAGCCAGCACCACCACAGCCCCAGCCACUACAACAACAACAGCUGCCACCACCACCACAGCAGCCACAACCACCACAUCCCCGGCCACAACAACAACCAUAGCUGCCACCACCACCACAUCCCCGGCCACAACAACUACUGCUGCCACCACCACCACAUCCCCGGCCACUACAACAACUAAUGCUCCCACCACCACCACAGCCCCGGCCACAACAACAACAACACCUGCCAGCACCACCACAGCCCAGGCUACAACAACAACAACAGCUACAGCUGCCACCACAGCCACAGCUGCCACCACCACCACAUCCCCAGCCACAAUAACAACUACUGCUGCCACCACCACCACAUCCCUGGCCACUACAACAACUACUGCUCCCACCACCACCACAGCCCCAGCCACAACAACAACAACAACGGCUCCCACCACCACCGCAUCCCUGGCCACAACAACAACUACUGCUCCCAGCACCACCACAGCCGCAACCACAACAACAACAACAGCUGCGACCGCCACCACCACAUUACCGGCCACUACAACAACAACAGCUGCCACCACCACCACAGCAGCCACAACCACCACAUCCCCGGCCACAACAACGACCACAGCUGCCACCACCACCACAUCCCCGGCCACAACAACGACCACAGCUGCCACCACCACCACAGCCCCAGCCACAACAACAACCACAGCCCCGGCCACAACAACAACAACAGCUGCGACCACCACCACAUCCCCGGCCACAACAACAACUAAUGCUCCAACCACCACCACAGCCCCAGCCACAACAACAACAACACCUGCCACCACCACCACAUCCCCUGCCACUACAACAACCACAGCUGCCACCACAACCACAUCCCCGGCCACAACAACGACCACAGCUGCCACCACCACCACAGCCCCAGCCACAACAACAACCACAGCCCCGGCCACAACAACAACAACAGCUGCGACCACCACCACAUCCCCGGCCACAACAACAACUACUGCUCCCACCACCACCACAGCCGCAGCCACAACAACAACAACAGCUGCCACCACCACCACCACAUUACCGGCCACUACAACAUCAACAGCUGCAACCACCACCACAUCCCCGGCCACAACAACAACCACUGCUGCCACCACCACCACAUCCCUGGUCACUACAACAACCACUGCUCCCACCACCACCACAGCCCGGGCCACAACAACGGCUCCCACCACCACCACAUCCUCUGCCACUACAACAACAACACCUGCCACCACCACCACAUCCCCUGCCACUACAACAACCACAGCUACCACCACAACCACAUCCCCGGCCACAACAACGACCACAGCUGCCACCACCACCACAUCCCCAGCCACUACAACAACUAAUGCUCCCACCACCACCACAGCCCCAGCCACAACAACAACAACACCUGCCACCAGUACCACAUCCCCUGCCACUACAACAACCUCAGCAGCCACCACAACCACAUCCCCGGCCACAACAACAACUACUGCUCCCACCACCACCACAGCCCCAGCCACAACAACAGCGGCCACCACCACCACAACACCUGCCACAACAACAACGGCUCCCACUACCACCGCAGCACCAACUACAACAACAAUAACAAUGACUGCCACCUCCACCACAGCUCCAGCCACUACAACAACAACAGCUGCCACCACCACCACCACACCUGCCACAACAACAACGGCUCCCACUACCACCGCAGCACCAACUACAACAACAACAACAGCUGCCACCACAACCACAGCUGCCACCACCACCACAGCCCCAGCCACAACAACAACAACAGCUGCGACCACCACCACAGCGGCCACCACCACCACAACACCUGCCACAACAACAACAAUGGCUCCCACUACCACUGCUCCUGUGACAACAACGACGGCUACCACCACCACAGCCCCAGCAACUACGUCAACAAUGGCUGCCAGCACCACCCCAGCCCCAGUCACUACAACAACAACAGCUGCCACCACCACCACAGCCCCAGCCACUACAACAACAACAGCUGCCACCACCACCAGAGCAGCCACAACCACCACAUCCCCGGCCACAACAACAACCACAGCUGCCACCACCACCACAUCCCCGGCCACUACAACAACUAAUUCUCCCACCACCACCACAGCAGCCACAACCACCACAUCCCCGGCCACAACAACAACCACAGCUGCCACCACCACCACAGCCCCAGCCACAACAACAACAACAGCUGCCACCACCACCACAACACCUGCCACAACAACAACAAUUGCUCCCACUACCACCGCAGCACCAACUACAACAACAACAACAGCUGCCACAACUACCACUGCUCCUACAGCUGCAACCACCACCACAGCAGCCACAACCACCACAUCCCCGGCCACAACAACAACCACAGCUGCCACCACCACCACAUCCCCGGCCACAACAACAACCACAGCUGCCACCACCACCACAUCCCCUGCCACUACAACAACCACAGCAGCCACAACCACCACAUCCCCGGCCACAACAACAACCACAGCUGCCACCACCACCACAUCCCCGGCCACAACAACAACCACAGCAUCCACCACCACCACAUCCCCUGCUACUACACCAACCACAGCGUCCACCACCACCACAGCUCCGGCCACAACAACAACAACAGCAGCCACCACCACCACAUCCCCGGCCACAACAACAACUACUGCUCCCACCACCACCACAGCCGCAGCCACAACAACAACAACAGGUGCCACCGCCACCACCACAUUACCGGCCACUACAACAACAACAGCUGCAACCACCACCACAGCAGCCACAACCACCACAUCCCCGGCCACAACAACAACCACAGCUGCCACCACCACCACAUCCCCGGCCACAACAACAACCACAGCUGCCACCACCACCACAUCCCCGGCCACAACAACAACCACUGCUGCCACCACCACCACAUCCCCGGUCACUACAACAACCACUGCUCCCACCACCACCACAGCCCCAGCCACAACAACAACAACAAAGGCUCCCACCACCACCACAUCCCCUGCCACUACAACAACCACACCUGCCACCACCACCACAGCCCUGACCACAACAACAACCACAACUGCUCCCACCACCACCACAGCCCCAGCCACAACAACAACCACAGCUGCCACCACCACCACAGCCACAACAACAACCACAGCGGCCACCACCACCACAACACCUGCCACAACAACAACGGCUCCCACUACCACCGCAGCACCAACUACAACAACAACAUCAGCUGCGACUACCACCACAGCUGCCACCACCACCACAACACCUGCCACAACAACAACAACAACCGCUCCCACUACCACUGCUCCUGUGACAACAACGACGGCUACCACCACCUCAGCCCCAGCAACUACGUCAACAAUGGCUGCCAGCACCACCACAGCCCCAGUCACUACAACAACAACAGCUGCCACCACAACCCCUGCCACAACAACAACAACAACAACAGCUGCCACCACCACAACAGCGGCCACCACCACCACAACACCUGCCACAACAACAACAACAACAGCUGCGACAACUACAACUGCUCCUGUGACAAUAACAACAACGGCUGCCACCACCACCGCAGCCCCAGCAACUACGAUAACAACGGCUGCCACCUCCACCACAACCACAACCCCUGCCACAACAACAACAACAACGGCUCCCACUACCACCACAGCACCAACUACAACAACAACAGCUGCCACCACCACAUUCCCGGCCACAACAACCACCACUCUGGAACCUCCUUACAGAAUUGCGUUCCCUUCCUUGGUCUCCUUGAAUGUUGUGAGCUUCAGCUGCUGCAUCAACUACUACAACUGUUGUACCAACAACUACAGCAUCCACAAGUAA